GUUGGGUUUUCGGUAACUGGGUCUAUGGAUUAUCCAAUGUUUGCUCCAGACAGGACCUGCUAUUCGAAGCAGGAAAUCGUGAACGCCGAUCCUUUUCGUAACUUCCUUCCGAGUGAUGUCAACCAACGAGAGCACCUUACGGACUUCUUCUGCUGCACCAAUCCAAAAUCGUGCAUUUUUAAAGAUCCUAUUAAUGCCAUCGACAACUACUUUCCGGUCAUCCGAGAUAUCCUGCAAAAAUGCAUUGCUGAAGAUAAAAAACCACCACCAUCGAAAAGAGAAUUGAAGAGCUGGAAAUCUCAGAAAGGUUCAGAAUCUCAGAAGCCGGCCUCAGCACCAUCAUCAAAGUUAGCGAAGUCGAAGUCAUAUGUCUACGGCUUAUUCGGUAGAUGGAAUGGAAAGAGAACCGGGAAACCAAUGGGAUCAAUGAGGGGAUUCUCAAAUAUUGGCAAUGUCAUAACACGACAGGGCUCAGGGAACUCGUACACAUCGGAUUCAGAUUCGGAAAAUGACAACACUUCUCCGAAUAGAUCAAGUUCGAACAGUCCGUCAAGAUCUAAUUCACAAUCUAGGGGUUCGUCUCCGGGUCGGCAGCUGAGUGUGGAGGGAGAUGACCCGAGCAGAAACUUGAAGGAGGAAUACGAGGCGGCAGAAAGAGAUCUCGACGAUGUCAUGAAAAUAAUGCUCAACCGACUCAUUGACCCGUGUGUACUCAUGUAUGAAAUGAGAAGAGACAAUGAGCGAACAAAAGUUCUGCAGAAAACUUGCCAGACUUACUGCGAAUUCUUGGGAGUCGCGACCGGUAGGCUGACGACAAGAGGUACCUUGAAAUUGGCAAUUGAUUUGAUCAAAGGUAGGCCGAAGCAUUUGGUGACAUGCAAGAAAUUCGACUACGGGGGAUGUGUCAAAAGGGAGAAGAGCAACAACCAUUUUUGUAAAUGUCACAAGAAAGAUAAAAAGGGUCGAUUGGAUUCCGGGAGAAGGAUGGUUUUGUGUGACAACCAUCUCAGAAAUUUCCUUACCCCCAUAUCGAUGUGCAAGUAAAAACAAAUGUUUAAGGAGAGUGAAAUUUCAUGAAUGCCCAAGAAAUCUCGCCCAAGUUAGAAAUUUUAUUUCAUCUUAGGCCGGCAUUAUUAAUGUUUGAAGUAUUCUCCAUCAUUUAUUUUUAAUUAUCUUUUGAUUUAGGGCUACGUAAAUCAACGGCUUCAAUUUCUCGUUGUUUCCCUGCGUUUUUGAAGUAUGAAGAAGAAUGUUCUAAAGGUUUACAGGACCCAUUUAGGCAGCCCAUGUCCAUGUGAUGUUGAUGAUAAAAUGCGUAGUAAACAUCUUUAGAACUAAGAUUUCCCUCAUUCAAAGUCAGUUUUUAAUUUAUAAUUUGUAGCAAAUAUAACUAAAUAAACCAUAUAAAGUUAAUAAGU